AUUCGUAUGAGAACCGUGAGUCUACGAUUUUCCUUAUCUACAUUUAGUUGUUUGAGUAAUCGUUUCGCUUGAAUAAUUUAGAUAACUUUGAACUGAUGAUAGCCCCUUGUUGAAGACUGACCCUGAAGGUUUCAUUUACCCUUUGCAAAACUCUGAAAAUAUUUUAAAAUAAUAUACAGUGUGUGAUACCGGAAAAGAAACGGAUAGAAUAUUUUUAAAACACUUUUGUUGAGAAUAAAAAUAUUUAGGUGUAUUUCGGUGACUCGGUGACAAUCAUUUGAAUAUAUACUAAAAGGACAUCACUGAAAAGUUUCAGAAAAAUUAUGGUUUCUUUCACUGACAAUUUACUUCUGGAUUUAUUCGGUUUACUGGUAGCGUUAUCUGCUGUACUCUUUGUUUAUAUCAAAAGGAGUUUUCAGUAUUGGGAUCGAAAAGGUGUUCCAUAUCUACCACCUAGAAUACCAUGGGGAAACUUGCAGCCCCCACACAGAAGGAUCAUUCCAUUCGGAGAUGAUGUAGCAAAUAUUUAUAAUAAAGCCAAGGCAAAAGGUUGGAAAUACAUUGGGAUAUAUGUUAUGACAGGGUCAGUAUUUUUACCGGUGGAUUUGGAACUAAUCAAACAUAUUAUGACCAAAGAUUUUCAACACUUUGUUGACAGAGGAACGUAUGUUAAUGAGAAAGAUGAGCCAAUAAGUGCUCAUCUAUUCGCCAUUGGAGGAAAGAAAUGGAGGAACCUGAGGACCAAAUUCACUCCCACGUUCACUUCAGGAAAGAUGAGACACAUGUUUGAGACCAUAGCAAACUGCGGACUUAUUCUAGAGAAGUAUAUAGAACAUGAAGUUGAUCACCACGAACCUUUGGAUAUAAAAACUGUUUUAGCUUGUUAUACCACCGACAUAAUCGGCUCCUGUGCUUUCGGCUUAGACUGUAAUACCUUCAAAGAACCAAAUACCCCGUUCACCCAAUUGGGCCAACGAGUAUUUCAGACAGAUAGGAUUCGCAGUUUGAAGAUAGCUUUCAUGAUGGCAUUUCCCGAUGUAUCCAAGAUGUUGAGAAUGCGAUUAACCGAAAAAGAAGUGGAAGAUUUCUACACGAAGGUUGUUGAAGACACUGUGAGAUAUAGGGAGAAGGAAGGCGUUACUAGACCAGAUUUUCUUCAGAUGUUGAUUGACAUUAAGAACAAAACUAACGAACAUACAGGCGAUGGAACUAGCUUAACAAUGGACGAAAUCGUUGCCCAGAGUUUUGUUUUUUUCAUUGCCGGAUUCGAAACGAGUUCAACCACAAUGACUUUCGCACUGUAUCAGUUAGCUACUCAUCCCGUAAUUCAAGAGAAAGUUAGGAGCGAAAUAAACUCUGUGCUGGAAAAACACAACAACCAAAUCACGUAUGAUGCCCUGAAUGAGUUGAAGUAUAUGGGACAGGUAAUCGAUGAGACUUUGAGAAUGUAUCCAGCUCUUCCGAUAGUCACCAGACGAUGCCUGAAAGACUACCGAAUACCUGAUUCGGAUGUUAUUAUAGAAAAAGGCGUUAGAGUUUUCAUUCCUAUCAAAGCAAUCCAUUACGAUCCAGAGUAUUAUGAAAAUCCUGAAGUUUUCGACCCCGACAGAUUCAGCGAGGAAAACAUUCAAGGAAGGCAUCCUUACGCUCAUAUUCCUUUCGGCGAGGGACCCAGGAUAUGUAUAGGGUUGAGAUUCGGUGUGAUGCAGUCUAAAGUUGGUCUCGUUAGUAUUCUCAAGAAUUUCAGAGUGAAACUCAGUAGCAAAACUAAAUUACCUCUGAAAAUUGCCGUCAACUCAUUUAUUCCCACAACAGAAGGAGGGAUGUGGCUGAACCUGGAGAGAAUUGCGAAAUAAUGUAACACAGAAUUCGCACAAUCAGGUUUUAAAGGUGUUUUUAUUAUUGGGUUACUAUUAUUGAGAUUUUUUUCAUUCGAACCUUUUGUACCAGAAUAAAACAUAUACAUGAAGAAAAA